AAGCCUUAAAAGAUCCAAAUUGGAGAAAGGCCAUGUCUGAGGAGUUUAGUGCUUUGGUUCACCAAGGAAUGUGGGACCUAGUUCCUGCUCACCCAAGUCAGCAUCUCAUUGGUUCUAAAUGGGUUUUCAGACUGAAGCACAAUCAGUAUGGCAAUAUUGAGCGUUAUAAGGCACGCUUGGUGGCUAAAGGAUUUCAUCAAAGACCAAGUUCUGAUUAUUUUAACACUUUCAGUCCAGUUAUUAAGCCUACUAUUAUUCAGAUGAUCUUAUCUAUUGUAGUUAGUUGUGGGUGGCUUAUCCAGCAAUUGGAUGUGAAUAAUGCUUUUCUUCAUGGCAAACUUGAUGAGAAAUUGUUUCUGCAACAACCUGUGGUCUUUGUAGAUCUGGACAAGCCCACUCAUGUUUGCAGGCUUUGGAAGUCAAUUUAUGGGCUUAAACAAGCUCCACGGGCAUGGUACAAGGAGCUUAAGGCAUUUCUUCUGUUUGAGGGCUUUCAUAACUCUAAAUCUGAUAAAUCACUAUUUAUACUUCACAAGGAUUCUACUGUGAUCUACUUUUUGGUCUACGUGGAUGACAUCAUUCUCACCGAGGCCAUCAAUACCACAGUUGGCUUAUUUUUAUCCCAACAAAGAUACAUCUCAGAUCUCUUGCACAAAACCGGAAUGGCUGAUGCUAAGCCCGUCACUACCCCUAUGGCUUCCUCUGCAUCCUCUCUCCAUUCCAUUGGCACGGCCCUCUCUGAUGGCACUGAUUAUCAACGAGUGGUUGGUUCUCUUCAAUACUUAGCUCUUACUGGUCCCGACAUCUCAUUUGUGGUCAGCCGAUUGUCUCAGUUUAUGCAUUGUCCCACAGAUACUCAUUGGCAGGCAGCCAAGCAUGUGUUGCGCUACUUAAAAGGCACUUCUUGUCAUGAACUGCUCUUGCGCCCUCAGUCUUCCCUUUUGCUGCAUGCCUUUUCAAAUGCUGAUUGGGCUGGCGAUCGUGCUACUUGUGUCUCUACCACAGGUUAUAUUGUUUUUCUUAGUGCCACCUACCUCAGUGUGAAUCCUGUGCUUCAUUCACGUAUGAAACACAUUGCCAUCGAUCUACAUUUCAUCCGUGAUCUGGUUGACAAGAAGCUUUUUCAUGUCUCUCACAUUUCCUCUCAUGAUUAGCUCGUUGAUGGUUUAACCAAACCAUUGUCUUCCACUUGUUUUCAGCUCUUAAGGUCCAAGAUCAGAAUCGCAAAUGGCUCGUCCGUCUUGCAGGGGCGAUAUUAAGGAAUAUAAUCUUUCUCAUUAAAGUGUAUAUAUUAUUGAGUGUAUCUGUAUCUUAGAUUUAUGAAUUUAUGUAUUUCCCUUUUAUGUUAGAGUAUACGACGAAACUGCUCUGUAUAUAUACUUGCAAAUAUUAGUCAAAUAAACAUCAAGCUUUCUU